UUUCGCACGAAUCGCAUCGAGCGUCGACGAAUGAAAUUUUUUCAUUGCAACUGUCGGUCAGAAAAGUUUCAAUUUUUACGUGAACUUUACAAUUUUCUUUUUUUUUUUUUUUUUUUUUAUUCUCUUUUUUCUUUUGAUUGAAACUCGUCGAAGUAGUUUUUCCCUGCUGAAAAUAAAUUAAAGGAUUCUAACGACAGAAUUUAAGGCUGUUCUACAAGAGGAGUAAUUUUUAAAAGCGAACCUAAAAUGAAGCUAAAUUCAUCAAGGCAACUUCAAAUAUUAUCGUCAACAAUGAUUCCAUGAAGGUGAUAAUUACAAAGAAACACAUGUUGCAUUCGAAGAAGCACCAUACAGCAAAGUAACUUGACCCUUCUUGGGAAAUUCAGUACAUCAAACCCCGUCUCAAAAGAGACGAUUAAUUUCAACAAUGUAUCAACGAUCGAUUCUCCUCAAUCUUCCCAAGGCCCAGUCAAUUGACAUCGAAUUCGAAAAUGUCAUCUACACAGUUCAAGUCAGUUUUCGAGGUCCAACUAAACAGAUUCUUCAGGGUGUGAGCGGCUGUUUCAAAUCGGGGGAAUUAACCGCAAUUAUGGGACCCUCGGGUGCUGGCAAAUCUUCGCUUCUUAAUAUCCUCACGGGUCUGCAGAGAAAAAGAGUGGAUGGAAAGGUUUCCUACGUCACUGGCAAAGUGCAACAGUCAUGGAGCGAUUACAAAAAACAGGCGUGCUACAUUCAACAGGACGAUCAACUUUAUCCUCUAUUUACUGUCAAUGAAAUUAUGACAAUGUCUGCUGAUCUCAAACUUGGACAGAGUCUUAAUUCGAAGGGUAAACAGAUGGUUAUUGAUGACAUUCUGGAUUCACUGGAUCUUUCCAAGUGUAAGGAGACAAGGUGUGAUCGAAUCAGUGGAGGACAGCGAAAGAGACUUAGCAUUGCUCUUGAACUCGUCGAUAAUCCACCGGUGGUUUUUUUGGAUGAGCCAACAACAGGUCUUGAUUCCCUGGCAUCAAUGCAAUGCGUCUCGGUGCUGAAGAAUCUAGCCAGAGGAGGAAGAACCGUCGUCUGUACCAUUCACCAACCUAGUGCUGCAAUCUACGACAUGUUCGACCACGUGUACAUGUUAGCGGACGGACUCUGCAUGUUCCAGGGAGCAGCAGUAAACACAGUGUCCUACCUCAGCAGACUUGGACUCAACUGUCCUAAAUACCACAACCCCGCCGAUUAUGUAAUCGAAGUCAUUUCCUACGAAUACGGAGACUUUAAAAAUCAGCUAACAGUCGCGGCUAGCGAUUCCUCCUGGAGAUUUGUAGCUCCGCCGAAAUUAGACAAAUUCACCGCCGAAGAAGAGAGAAGAAUCAACAACGACGGGAAGACCACAGUCCUCAUAACGUCACCGUCAGAAAUCAUCAGAUUGAGAGUUCUUGUCAAAAGAUGCUGCAUACAGCUCUACCGCGACUGGACAACAACUCACCUUAAACUUUUGCUCCAUUUCCUUGUGGGUAUUCUCCUUGGACUGAAAUUCACCGAUUGUGGCUCUGACGGCUCCAAGACAUUCAGCAACGUUGGAUUCCUCAUUAUCACCACGGUUUAUCUCUGCUACACCAGUAUGAUGCCGGCUGUACUUAAAUUCCCCUCGGAGCUUCUUGUCCUGCGGAAGGAGCACUUCAACAAUUGGUACAAACUGCGGACCUACUAUUUGGCAUUCAUCAUGACAAAUAUGCCAGUACAGGCGUUUUUCGCCACGGUCUACAGUGCGGUCUCGUACUAUCUCUCGAGUCAACCUCUCGAGUGGUUUCGUUUUCUGAUGUUCACCAGCAGCGCAAUUCUCACGACAAUCAUAGCCGAAGCAAUGGGUCUACUAUUGGGUACAACCCUAAAUCCCGUGAAUGGCACAUUCCUAGGAGCAAUUACCGUGUGUACGAUGUUAAUUUUCGCCGGAUUUUUGGUACUUUAUACACAUAUGAGUCAUUUUUGGUAUAUGGUGAGUUUUCUGAGUUAUUUGAGGUACUCAAUGGAGGCGAUGGUUUCGGCUCUCUACGGCUAUGGUAGAGAGAAAAUGACCUGCCCUGACAUCUAUUGCCAUUAUCGAGCACCACAGACGCUGAUCGAUGAACUCGGAAUGAAUGGCGAGGGUUUUUGGUUCGACGUCACUGUUCUUGGAGUUAAUACAUUUCUUCUUCAGCUAAUCGCCUAUUAUACACUGAGAAGAAAAAUUAGCAGUUUCUAAAUAUUUUUCACUUGCCAUUUCAAAAGGAAAAGCCGCAUCAUGACACAAUCUUAGUGGAAAAAUCUCUUAAUCCAAGAACAAGCAGUAUUUUUUGUUCAUUUUUAGGCUCUGCGCAAAAAACCUGCGCAAAGAAUUAGUUUUAUAACCUUGAAAAUCUGUUAAAAGCCACUAAAAAUUCGUUUUUAUUUACUUUCUCUCAACUUGGAAGUGAACAAAAAAUAGAAAUUGGAUGGUUAAUAGUAUAAAGUGAACGAUAAACAAAGACUGAUCGAUUUGUGUAAAAAAAAUAUGAAGAAUUUGAAAAAAUCAACUUUUUAAGGUUAAGAAUUGCUUCGCGAACGUAAGAGCAGAAAAGGACACAGAUAUAUUUGUGUCUUUUACCGACCAAUGGUUAAGUAGUCUGAAAAAAAAUAAUCCGAAGAUUUAUUGUUUUAUUUAAAUUGUAGUUCUACAAAACUACUUUUCACAAAAUUAUUACAUUCGUAUUUUUUAAAAUAUACAAAAAUUGUGUGCAAAAUUAAGUGCAAAAAUUGUGAAUCUGCAUUAAAAAUGAAAAUGGUACUUUAACGACAAUCGGUAAAGUAGAUUUUCUUUAAACAGAAAACAUUUUUGUAGAAUAAAAACUGAAUUAUACAAAACGGAAAAAAUGUUGUUAAUGACAAAUUUUACCAACUGUUUGAAUUUUACGAAUUUCUAUUAUUUUUCAAAGGCUAGACAAUAAUUAUUCGAAAAAUAAAUUUGUUGUAAAUUUUCAGUAAAUUUUUGUCUUAUAGAGCAUGGCCUUAAAACUUCUCGUAAAAAAUUAAAAAAUAUAAAUUCAAAUAAAUAUAAAUAAAUAUAUUUAUCUACUUUAAAAUUUUUAACGCCAAAACUCGUGUAGAAAAAUUUCUUGGCGCUAGCUAGCAGUGCUAGAUACAUGGUAAAUUUACAUGCAGUCUAGCGCUGCUAGCUAGCGCCACGAAAUUUUUCUACACGGGAUAAUUUAAAACUAAAAAUUGUCUCUCAAAAAUAUUUUUUUUUUUUAUAAAAACAAAUUUUCGAAAAAUUCAAAGUUGUAAAAACAGUC